AUGGAUCUCUUACCCAAUGCUCUCAUUGACUCGCAGCAGAACUCAGUGCGAGAUAUCUGUAUUGUCGGUGCUGGCCCUGGGGGCUUAGUUGCGCUCAAGAUGAUCAUGGAUACCCCACAGUACAAGGAAGGCGUCUGGAGACCUAUUGCAUUCGAGGAGCGCGAGAAAGUGGGCGGUAUCUGGGUACCUGCUCCCCCCGUCGAUGACCCUCCCAUCACACCGCUCUAUGAUUCGUUGACCACCAACCUUCCCCAUCCUCUCAUGUGCUACGAGUCGUUCCCGUUUCCUCCUUCAACCCCGCUCUUCCCUCCCGCGAAAACUGUAGAAACAUACCUAGACGACUAUGCUUCUCACUUCAACUUGAUGCCCCACAUCCGCUUGAGUACCCCGGUCCUCGCGGUACACUGGAAUUCGGAAAGCUUGAAGUGGCAGGUCCGCGUUAGUGAUGACGAGGAACACACCUACGAUCUCCUCAUAGUUGCCAACGGUCACUAUCGAGUACCACGUUUUCCGGAUACGCCCGGGAUAGAUGCUUGGGUAGCCAAGGGAAAGGCCACGCACUCGGCGUGGUAUCGUCGUCCAGUAAACAUGGGCAACACUAUCAUGGUCGUUGGCGGCGGGCCGAGCGGGAAGGACAUCUCAGCAGAGAUGCGGGGCGCUGCGCACGUCGUCAUCCACUCUGCAACGAACAGUGCGCCGGAGGAUAUCGACGAUGGCACGCAAGGUACUCUCAAACGCCGUGGACGCGUAGCUGAAUUCCUCGAUGUCGACGAAGGCCGCGUACUCUUCCAGGACGGAUCGAUCGAGACGGGAGUCGACCACUGCAUCCUCGCGACGGGCUUCAAACACAACCACCCGUACCUCCCGCCGGAGCUCCUGCGCGCCGCCGUGCCCCCACCAGUACCACCGCUCCCGUCGACGUUUUACAACUCGACAUAUCAUCUCUUCCCUCUGGCGCGACAUCUAUUCCCGCUAACUCCGACAUUCCCCCCGGAGCGCGCCGUGUUCCUUGGGCUGCUCAAGGGCAUCGCGCCGCUGCCGCUCAUGGAAGCCCAAAUGUUUGCGGCGCUCAAGAUCUUCGAGCGCCCGGAACUCUUGGACCCUACGCAAGAGGCAGUGGGGGUUGUCACGCGGUACGAGCACCUGCGCCAGCGUAUGGGCGACAGCGACAUCCAUAUCGCGUCCGCGUGGCACGUCUUUGCACCACAGGCGCAGUAUGACUACCGCGACGAGCUGCAUGCGCUAGUGGGCGAUGAUGAAAGCCGGGUGGCGACCUGGGUCCGAGAUAUGUACGACCAGCGGGACGUGUUGCGAGCGGAGUGGCGGGACCUAGAGCGCCGAGGUGAGGCUAACGACUGGGUACGCGGCGUAGGCGAGGGCGGAACAAAGGAGUGGGUAGAGCUCAUGCAGAAGCUGCUUAAAAGAGCUGACGAGAGGAAGACAAAAGAAGAGGCGGGUGAUCGCAAGGCAAAAUUGUAA